AUGAAUAAAAUUUCUUCCAAAUUAAAACCUAAUAAGUCCACUCACCCAUCACCACAGAAUGGACCGGAAAUAGUAGUAUUCGACGAAGCACAACAAAAAGCACAGAAUUCAUCGUUCGAUAUUCGCGAACGAAAGUCUUUUAUGUCUUCGAAAAUUUCAAAAUUGAAGGAUAAACCUGCAUCGAAGCCACCAAAGGACGACGAAGAGGCUAGAGAGGAGGAGUUGAAUAGAAAGAAUGACAAGGAGCUCGAAGAACUGUUAAAAACCACAAAAAUUUUGGAAUUAUAUGCUGCCGAACAUUUAACCGGUAAACAGCGUAGGAAGUAUAAUGACAGUAAAAUAGUUGAUUUAGGGGCAAAGAUACCGACACCCAUUUCAUUAGGCAUGCAAGCGAAACGUCAGGAGCGAGAAAAGAAAGAGCUUGAAGAGGCAAAAAACCUUGGACUAUAUCACCGAUCCAUUAAGCAUAAAUGGGCAGCAUCAUCAUCUGCCAAGCAGAAGAGUCGAUCCAAACGAGACAGAGGUAUUAGAAUGGGCAUUGGAAAGAUUAAAGGUGGCAUGUUGACAUUGAGCUCAAAUGAUGUUAAGAGAGUUCAAAGCAGUGGUAAAAUAAAAAAGAGACGCAAAGGUGGGAUUAAAAAAAUAACGGGAAAAUUCUAA